AUGUGGAUAGAAACCAAAACAGAGAUGGAGGAGGCCAGCAGGACCCGUGCCAGCUUCAGUCGGCGUGUGUUGAAUGGCCUGCUAUUGUGCAGUGGAGACAUGGAGCACUUGGAUAAGUACAUGAAGGACAAGUCAUUUGUGCUACAGCUGGUAGUCUGUGGCCUGAGAGGGGUGACCAGGGUAAUUCUGGCCAACAACCCGCUGAGUGGUGGUCUCAUCCUGGCUGCCCUGUACUGGGAUUCCCUCUGGCAGGGCCUGCUGGGAACUCUGGGAGUAUUGGCCUCCACGCUAACAGCUGUCAUCACAGGACAAGACAGUGUUGAGGUGGCGGGAGGUCAUCAUGGUUUUAAUGGCAUGUUGGUGUCUCUGCUGAUGGGAGUGUUUAGCUCAGCUGGAGACUGGUACUGGUGGCUCCUGCUGCCUGUCUUCCUGGGGUCAGCAACAUGUGUUUUUCUGUUUAGCGGACUCUCAUCGUUUUUAGACCGCUGGGACUUGCCUGCUGCCGUGUUUCCCUUCAACAUUAUUAUCAUCCUCUACCUCCUGUGUACUGGCCCAGAACACCCCUAUUUUCCACACCACUCAGUAAAACCACCAGGGGCCCUGGAGCCCAAUGCUACAGAGCUCAUAGCAUUACAGGUAAUACGUGGCAUCCCUCUUGGAGUGGGUCAGAUCUUUGCCUGUGGGGACCUGGGACCGUCCCUUCUCAUCUUGGGAGCUGUUUUCCUCUACUCCCCCUUGCUCGCCGUCCAUGCUCUGCUGGGAUCCGCAGUAGGAACGCUGACCGGUUUGUCCAUGGCAGUGCGUCAUGAAUCUCUGUACUCAGGUCUGUCAGGGUUUAAUGGAGCUCUGGGCUGCAUGGCUGUUGGAGGAUUCUUUAUCUUCAGCUUGUGGACGCACCUCUUUGCUAUCGCCAGUGCCUUCUUCUCUGCAUAUGCUGACAUUGCUUUGAGCAAUUUGAUGGGAACUGUUGGUCUCCCAGCAUGCAGCUGGGCAGCUACUCUGGUGGCCACACUGAUGUUGCUGUUGACCGGCAGUUUAGCAGCGUACCGCAUCCCGAUUGGUCAAGUGAGAGCUCCGGAAUGCAACCUGCAGUUGCGAAGCCAAUGGGAAGCUGGAAACACCGAAGAAAGGGAGAGCACAGAUGUGUAG